AUGGAAUACGAGUUACAAGAACGUAACAAUGUGAACAUCAACGACAUUGAUCUCUCUCUCCUCCGCCUCUCUUCCCCACCUUACGACUACUCUCCCUCCUCCUCCUUCUCCACCGAGCCUUCUCCUGAUAUCAGCCCCUUGAAACGCUCCUCCCCUGUUUCAGACGAGUCCGAUCAGCCCAAACGCAGGAGAAUCUCCCUCCAAGACCCAUUCUUUAUCACAUCUCCUCUUCGCUCCACUUACCCUGAAACCCAACCUUCCUCCAUCGAUGACCCGACCCACGCAAGCCCUGUUCCGGAGAACCAAGAAACGACGCCGUUUGCUUCCAAGAGCCAUGAAACAGAGAGGAUGAAAAUGGUGAAUAAUCACGUCGAGGAGAUCAGUCACGAAGAAUCUAAGUAUGAUACUUAUGAAGAGAUCAACCGAGAAGAGACUAACUAUGAUGAUGCUUAUGAGACGCAGCAAGAUGAGGAGGAGGAAGAAGAUUGUGGAGAAGGGAUGAGGAUAGAGAGAUCUGGAGAUGGGUUUGUAAUUAGGUUGAAGUGUAGAUGCAAGCUAGCUUAUAGGGUUCUCUUCUCUGAUCACCACCUCUACUUCAAGUCCCUCUAA